GUUGCUAAUGCCAUGAGGAGUUCGUUGCCCUUUGAUGCCCCUGAUGUUUCACAGGUCAGCCGGAAAUGUUUGCAGGUGGAUGUGACUCCCACGGUGCCGAGGAUAUCCCACACGGCAGUCACCACUGCCUCCAUCCGCCGGCACCGAUGGAAGAGAGAAGAGCAAGGUGGCCUGAGUGGAGCAGAGGAGUUUGUGGGGCUGACCGAUGCAGACGAGGGCUUCUCGUCAGGGGCCUCCAGCAGCAGCCAGCCCAGCAGCAGCCUGAGGGGCAGCGGCAGGAGGGGUGCCGGGAGUCGGACAGGGAGGGAGAGAGAUCAGCCCACGGCCUACAGACCCGAGAGCCCGGCCGAGGUCAGGAGCCGACCCCAGCUCCCGCGAACGGCCCCAGAAUCUAUGGAGAUGAAGCUGCUGUCUCUCCCCAGUGACCAGCUUGUGACUAAGCCUGGAGCUACCUGCCUGGCCAGGACCGUCAGCGCCUCCGUCAACAAGCUAUUCGACCACAUGAAUGGCAGUCAGGCCAGCGGGUCCCCAGAGGUCAGCUCCAACCUCAUUGGCACCAACUCUAACCGCUUCUCCACCAUCAGCCUCCAGGAAGAGAGGCUUGGCCGGGCCACUGAACUCGCGCCCCCUCUCACCAAGCAGUCCCGUUCACCCAGCUUCAACAUGCAGCUCAUCUCACAAGUCUAGGGGUGCGGGGUGAGGCAGGCUUUAACCUCCCCUUACACCCCCUCCUCGAGGUGAGGAUCUGCUGUGAUGUCCAGUCGGUGUGUGAAUCUGACCAGUGCUCAGUGACUAUUGCUCACUCACUGCGCUGGUGGAGGAACCUGUGAAACAGCAAUAAGCAGUUGGGGUAAGGCCUGGAGGGUGGCGGGAGGAACGGGUGCAGUCAAUAUCACUCCCCCAGACUGGCCAUCGGGUCUCACCUGUCUAUAUGACUCAGACCCCCAGCACUUUCUGAGACACUGAAGAAAUGCAGCAAACAAAUAUAGUCUGAACUGAACCCAUAAAAUACACAACAUUUGUGAAGCGCUUUGAG